CGAAUGCACCUCGACCGCCGGCACAAAAGGGCAGGGCGCCGGAAGCCGGAAUCGCUUUGCGCGGCGGACACCGGAUCGCGAGUUUUGUUCGUUGACAAAUUGCCACCACGUCUUUCCAGUUUGCGCCUUUCGGAAACAAUAUGGUGCGAGGUCGUGGGGGAAUGAUCAGAGGCGGCCGAGGCGGUAUGGGACGUGGAAUGGGCUUUCCACGGAAGCAAUUCCUACCGCGACACCCGUUUGACUAUACGCUCUGCGAGGCGGCUUUCCCGCGCGUUAAAGCGGCUCCGGACGAAUCGGACUUCCAGUCUGCUCUGGUGAAGAAAAAUGCGGACAUGUGCCCGACACCGAAGGAGCAGUCUUCCAUCUUGAACCUUGUGACCAAACUGCAGACGGUCCUUGAUAAUCUGAUUGUCGCGCCAGGGACCUUCGAGGCUUGCCAAUUGGAGGAAGUGCGACAAGUCGGCAGUUUCAAGAAAGGUACGAUGAUAAAGGGCCACAAUGUCGCUGAUAUCGUUGUCAUUCUAAAAACUUUGCCGACGAAGACGGCAGUGGAGGCACUCGGGAACAAAGUCAACAACGAGCUGAAGGCCGUCAACUCGAAGGAGGUCUUCAGAGUUAUGCAGACAGAGCGUGGAUUCGAUAUCGCUAACAACGAGGCCACUGUGCGCGUAUUAAUAACCACAUUGCACCAGAAUCUACGCAAGUUGGAGUCGGAGCAACACUUGGAUGUCAAAAUUUGUCAAGGUCAUCUUGCCGCUAUCAGACAUUCUCGCUGGUUCGAAGAAAACGCUCAUCAUUCUAGCAUCAAGGUCUUAAUUAGAUUACUUCGUGAUCUUCGAAGCAAAUUUGAAGGCCUUGAGCCGUUGUCUCCGUGGAUGCUGGAUCUGUUGGCACAUAAUGCUAUAAUGAACAAUCCUAGCAGGCAGGCGUUGCCGAUAAAUCAGGCGUACAAGAGGGUGCUGCAGCUGCUCGCUUCCGGAUUGUUUCUUCCGGGAUCAGCGGGUAUAUCUGAUCCAUGCGAAGGUGGAAAUAUACGUGUUCAUACAGCAUUGACACUCGAACAACAAGAUCUCGUGUGUCUCACUGCCCAAACAUUGCUGCGUGUACUGGCCCAUGGUGGCUACAGACCAUUACUGGAGGGCUCCAACAAACUCGCAGUAGAGAUGAGCGUGUGGGCGGGAGGCGUAGUGGCAAGCCCAUUGGAGAAGGCGUACGAACCACCCACGGAGCAGGAGCAGCAGGAGGACAUGGACGAGAGCAAUGAGGAGAUGAUCACCGAGAGUGUAUAGGUUCUCGAGUAAAAUUUGGAAACCUUCAUUCUGAGGGUUAUCUCAUUAUUACUAUCUUGUCUUACAAACGUAUAUUUAUAACACAUUUUGCACACAUACAUCUCAUGACAAGGUAAUUCCAUUGACGAAAUUAUACUUUUAAAUGCAGUUGAUAUUUGUAUCUCGGACAAUUUGACGACACAAGUGCGUCCCCGACAUGUGAGACUCGGCGUAAAGUAAAAAUAUAGAUUAAUGUGCAUUCUA